AUGUCGGACAAAGCGUGCUAUGCCAUGCAUGCGGGCUCCAUCGACAAAGUCAAAGUCGACGUGCCGUGUGGAGUGACGAACUCAACAAACGAACAUGUCAAUUGCUGCGUGCAGGGCGAUUACUGCCUGAGCAACUCGAUUUGUGUCCAUGUCAGCGACAACGGGAACAAGGGGUAUUACAAUGCCGACUGCACGGACGAAACACUCCAGGAUCCGGCAUGUGGCACGCGAUGCGGCGGCCGACCACUAUCAGAUCUAAUAUGGAACUCGAAUACCGGACACUGGGCUUGUUGCGGGUACAACAGCACGACGAAAUCCCCCGAUUGCUCGGAUCCCAGCGGCGAGAUAUACCCGGGCCCGGCGCCUGAUCAGCUGGCGACGAUACAAUACCUUCCCAUCCACGGAUCCCCGACAUAUGCGACGGGGGCCUCGACGGCAUCGGCCACGGGGACGGGGACCUCAACGGCCAUGGCAACUACAAAUUCCCCCGCCGCAUCGUCAUCGGGACUGGGAGCCGGCGCAGCCGCGGGUAUCGGCAUCGGGGUUGGAGCUGGCGUUGUCAUAAUAGCUGCGGUCAUCGCGUUGUGGUUCCUGAGGAAACGGAAACCCGCGCAAUCCCAAUUGAUCCCGACGCCGUUUGGAUACAAUGGAAUUCCGUCGCCCGCGGUCCAGCCGAACAAUAUGCAACCGGCAUGGACUUAUCCGCCACCGGAACAAUACCAAAUCCAGGAGUUGGGGAAGACAGAACCCGGGCCAAGGGAGUUGGAUUCACGAGCUAAAUAA